CGGCGGCCCGGCCCCCCGCGGCCUUUUGGCUGCUCCGGCCGGCCGCGAGGCCGCGGAGGAGGACGCGGCGCGCGGGUCUGACGGAAACCUUCUAGGAUCUGGGUGUUUGGACAUAGGAGUUAUCCUCAGCUGUUGUGAAGUAUAAGACCUUUCAAGCCACUGUAGAGAUGGACAAAGAAGAAAGGAAGACUAUUAACCAGGGUCAAGAAGAUGAAAUGGAGAUCUAUGGCUAUAAUUUAUGUCGCUGGAAGCUUGCCAUAGUUUCUGUAGGAGUGAUUUGCACUGGUGGAUUUCUCCUUCUGCUCCUCUACUGGAUGCCUGAGUGGCGGGUGAAAGCAACCUGUGUUAGAGCUGCAGUGAAGGACUGUGAAGUGGUGCUGCUGAGGACUACUGAUGAAUUCAGAAUGUGGUUUUGUGCAAAAAUUCGCUUUCUUCCUCUGGAAAGUCAGCCAGUUUUGAAUCCCAAGUCUGUAGUUAAUAAGGUUUCCAAUGGCCAUGCAGUUCAUUUGACUGAGAAUAUGGCUGAAGAAAACAGGCAUGAGCUGACUAAAUAUUCACAGACUCGGUCACAACAGAUCCGGUAUUUCACCCAUCACAGCGUAAAAUAUUUAUGGAAUGAUACCGUUCACAAUUUUGAUUUCUUAAAGGGACUGGAUGAAGGUGUUUCUUGUACGUCAAUGUAUGAAAAGCAUAGUGCAGGACUGACAAAGGGGAUGCAUGCCUACAGAAAAUUGCUUUAUGGAGUAAAUGAAAUUGCUGUGAAAGUGCCUUCUAUUUUUAAGCUUCUCAUUAAAGAGGUUCUCAAUCCAUUUUACAUUUUCCAGCUAUUCAGUGUUAUAUUGUGGAACAUUGAUGAGUACUAUUACUAUGCUCUUGCCAUUGUGAUUAUGUCCAUAUUAUCAAUUGUAAGCUCACUAUAUUCCAUUAGAAAGCAAUAUAUCAUGUUGCAUGACAUGGUGGCAGCUCACAGUACCGUCAGAGUUUCAGUUUGUAGAGUAAAUGAAGAAAUAGAAGAGAUCUUUUCUACAGACCUCGUGCCAGGAGAUGUUAUGGUCAUUCCAUUAAAUGGGACAGUUAUGCCUUGUGAUGCAGUACUUAUUAAUGGUACUUGCAUUGUAAAUGAAAGCAUGCUGACAGGAGAAAGUGUUCCAGUGACAAAGACUAAUUUGCCAAACCCUUCAGUGGAUGCAAAAGGAAUGGGAGAGGAAUUCUAUAGUCCAGAAACACAUAAACGACAUACUUUGUUCUGUGGGACAACUGUCAUUCAGACACGUUUCUAUACUGGAGAACUUGUUAAAGCCAUAGUAGUCAGAACGGGAUUUAGUACUUCCAAAGGACAACUUGUCCGUUCUAUACUGUAUCCCAAACCAACUGAUUUUAAACUCUACAGAGAUGCCUACUUGUUUCUACUAUGUCUUGUAGCAGUGGCUGGAAUUGGGUUCAUCUACACAAUUGUCAAUAGCAUUCUAAAUGAGGUAUUCAAUGGUAAGCCAGUUGAAGUUGGAGUAAUUAUUAUUAAGUCUCUUGACAUUAUUACAAUUACUGUGCCACCUGCACUUCCUGCUGCAAUGACUGCUGGUAUUGUGUAUGCUCAGAGAAGACUGAAAAAAGUUGGUAUUUUCUGUAUCAGUCCCCAAAGGAUAAAUAUUUGUGGACAGCUGAAUCUUGUUUGUUUUGACAAGACUGGAACUCUUACUGAAGAUGGUUUAGAUCUGUGGGGGAUUCAACGAGUGGAACAUAACCGAUUUCUUUUACCAGAAGUGAGUGUUUGUAAUGAGGUGUUGGUCAAAUCUCAGUUUGUUGCUUGUAUGGCCACUUGUCAUUCACUUACCAAGAUUGAAGGUGUGCUUUCUGGUGACCCACUUGAUUUGAAAAUGUUUGAAGCCAUUGGAUGGGUUCUGGAAGAAGCAACUGAAGAAGAAACAGCACUUCAUAAUCGGAUUAUGCCCACUGUGGUUCGUCCUCCCAAACAACUGCUUCCCGAAUCUACACCUGCAGGAAACCAAGAAAUGGAGCUGUUUGAACUUCCAGCUAUUUAUGAGAUAGGAAUUGUUCGCCAGUUCCCAUUUUCUUCUGCUUUGCAACGCAUGAGCGUGGUUGCAAGGGUGCUAGGGGAUAAGAAAAUGGACGCCUACAUGAAAGGAGCCCCUGAGGUCAUUGCCAGUCUUUGUAAGCCUGAAACAGUUCCAGUUGAUUUUGAGACAGUUUUAGAAGAUUAUACUAAACAGGGCUUCCGUGUGAUUGCUCUUGCACAUCGAAAAUUGGAGUCAAAGUUGACCUGGCACAAAGUACAGAAUAUUAGCAGAGAUAUCAUUGAAAACAACAUGGAUUUUAUGGGAUUAAUUAUAAUGCAGAACAAAUUAAAGCAAGAAACCCCUGCAGUACUUGAAGAUUUGCAUAAAGCCAACAUUCGCACUGUCAUGGUUACAGGUGAUAACAUGUUGACUGCUGUCUCUGUGGCCAGAGACUGUGGGAUGAUUCUACCUCAUGAUAAAGUGAUUAUUGCUGAAGCAUUACCUCCAAAGGAUGGAAAAGUUGCCAAGAUCAAUUGGCAUUAUGCAGACUCUCUAACACAGGGCAGUAGUUCAUCAGCAGUUGACUCAGAGGCUAUUCCAAUUAAAUUGGUUCAUGAUAGCUUAGAAGAUCUUCAGUUGACUCGCUAUCAUUUUGCAAUGAAUGGAAAGUCAUUUUCAGUCAUACUGGAGCAUUUUCAAGACCUUGUUCCUAAGUUGAUGUUGCAUGGCACUGUCUUUGCUCGUAUGUCACCUGAUCAGAAGACACAGUUGGUAGAAGCAUUGCAAAAUGUGGAUUACUUUGUUGGAAUGUGUGGUGAUGGGGCAAACGACUGUGGUGCUUUGAAGAGGGCACAUGGUGGUAUUUCCUUAUCUGAGCUUGAAGCUUCGGUGGCGUCUCCUUUUACCUCUAAAAGUCGUAGUAUUUCCUGUGUGCCAAACCUUAUCAGGGAAGGCCGUGCUGCUUUGAUGACGUCCUUCUGUGUGUUUAAGUUUAUGGCACUGUACAGCAUCAUCCAGUACUUCAGUGUUACUCUCCUGUAUUCCAUUUUAAGUAACCUGGGAGACUUCCAGUUUCUCUUCAUUGAUCUGGCAAUCAUUUUGGUAGUGGUAUUUACAAUGAGUUUAAAUCCUGCCUGGAAGGAACUUGUGGCACAAAGACCACCUUCAAGUCUUAUAUCUGGGGCUCUACUCUUCUCCGUCUUGUCUCAAAUUAUCAUCUGCAUUGGAUUUCAAUCUCUGGGGUUUUUUUGGGUCAAGAAGCAACCUUGGUAUAAAGUGUGGCAUCCUUACACAGAUGCUUGUAAUACAACAAGAAGCCUAUAUGAAAAUUCAGACAAUGAAACGGAAACACAUAAUAUACAAAAUUAUGAAAAUACCACAGUGUUUUUUAUCUCCAGUUUCCAGUACCUCAUAGUGGCAAUUGCCUUUUCAAAAGGAAAACCCUUCAGGCAACCUUGCUACAAGAAUUAUUUUUUUGUUGUGUCUGUGAUUGUUUUGUAUGUUUUCAUAUUAUUCAUUAUGCUGCAUCCAGUUGACUCUAUUGACCAGGUUCUUCAGAUUGUGUGUGUACCAUACCAGUGGCGUGUAACUAUGCUCAUCAUUGUUCUUGUCAACACCUUUGUGUCUAUUGUGGUAGAGAGCUUCUUCCUUGACACGGUCCUUUGGAAAGUUGUGUUCAGUCGAGACAAACAAGGAGAGUGUCGUUUCACCACCACACAGCCACCCCAGGCUGGCUUGAGAUCUUCUGUGCAGUCCAGGCUGGUGUCUAAAUCACAGCUUCAUGCCUUAGCCUUCCCAUUGCCGGGAUUACAAGAGUCGGUGGACCGAUGGGGGAAGUGCUGCUUGUCCCGGGCCUCGAGCUGCAGGAAGAAAACUCCAAAGGCAAAGUACAUGCAUCUGGCCCAGGAGCUCUUGGUUGAUCCCGAAUGGCCACCCAAACCUCAGACAACAACAGAAGCUAAAACUUUAGUGAAGGAGAGUGGAUCCUGUCAGAUCAUCACCAUAGCAUAGCAAAAGACUGGGUCUCAAGUGGUAUGCUAACAGCAGUAUUCAAGAGAUUGUGAUUGAAGGCUUUUCUGGUUCUGUGUCAGAAUGACACAGUCUCAGUUUAUGAUCCUUUGAGUAAUGCAGUAGCUGGUUGUGAAACAGACGAACCACACACACAUAGGCACACAGAAUAAUGGUCUUGGGCUCACAUUAGAUUACCAGUCUGUCUAAUCUUCAUGUAGGGUAACCUGAAUGUUAUAUACAUUUCCAGAAGCUUGAUUGUUACCCUAAGUGAUAUUCAUGAUUAUUGGCACAAGAGAAAUGUGUUUGGUAGGCUUUAGAUACUAGUUUUUGGCACUAGUUGACUUCUUUAUUUUCACAUACCCUCUUAUUAGCAAAAGUUCCUUUUUAUAUACAAGCCCUAAAAUUGUGAUUUUUAAGAAUAAAAUGGUCGAUAAUUAGCCUCUAGGGAAAAUAGGUUUAAAGCCUGUUUUCGUUUGUUUCCAGUGUUUCUUGUUAAGAAUUCUGUGGAAACAUACAUCAGUUCCCUUUGAUAACCUAGGGUUGGGGGUGAGUUUGUGUGGUGUUGCUUCUAGAACAACUUGGUUAAUUCCCAUUUAUGGUUUUACAUUCUCUGUACAGACUGCCUGGGUUUUAUUUCCUAAUCAGCAAGGUGCUUAACUGCCUUUGGAAGAUGCCCUUCAAAGCUCUUCAGUGGUCUUGUGCUGUAUCUGUUGUCAGUAAUCUAGUUUUCUUCAAUUAAAUGUUGUGGACCCUUUCCACUAGGAAAGAAUCUGAUUCUGUGGUCCAACCCAAGCAGCUGAGGUAAAAAGAUUACUACAAGUUCAAGGCUAGCCUGGGUUAGGUAGCUAGAGCCUGUCUCAGAAAAGAAAACCAAGAUAGGGGUGUGGGAGGGAUGAAGGUAGGGAAAAAGAGAUUAUUUCUUUUGGCAGUAGCUCUAUCUUCUCUGAUGCCUUCAUAUCUUUUUAUUUUCUUUCUCUUCUCCUAUUAUUUUAAAUUAUUUUAAAGGCUUCCUUUUUCUCCCUGUUUGAAUACGUAAUGGCAGGGUUAUACUGAGCUUUGAAUUUAGAAUUUUACCUUGAAAUUUUUUUUAAGGUUUAAUGUAUGCCUCAUCUAUCAAUAAGGCUUUAAAAAUUAACAAGUUUUGUUUUUAAGCAAUUGCUUUUUUAAAAAGCAGUGUUAACUUAGUGGAAGCUUGUUGCAUACCAUUAGGUGGUGCCAGAGGUCAACACAUCUAUCUAUUUUGAAACAAGUGAGCAUAUUUGGUAUGGUAUUUUCUGAGAAAAACAAACAGUUGAAUUUACUGAGCCAAAAGAAAUGUAGGAAAUGAGCCUGGGUCUGGUGGCACAUGCCUUUAAAUCCAGGCCAAGGUAGGAGGAUCUCUUUAAGUUCAAGGCCAGCUUGGGACUGACUACAGAGUGAGUUCCAGAUCAGCCUGGGCUAGAAUGAGACCCUACCU